AUGGCAUCAAAAAAAGGUCAUCUUGAAGUAGUAAAAUAUCUUGUUUCAGUUGGAGGAAAUCCAGAUGUGAAAACUAAUAAAGGAUGGUCCCCAAUAAUUGAUGCAUCAGCAAAUGGUCAUCUUGAAGUAGUUAAAUAUUUGAUUCAAAUAGGAUGUAACAAAAAUGAUAAAACAAAUUCCAAUAAUACUUCACUUCAUCAGGCAGCAAAGAAAGGACAUUUUAAAGUUGUUGAAUUUUUAGUUUCAAUCCGUGUCGAUCUUAGUGACAAGAACGAAGAUGGAAAAACUCCACUUGAUAUUGCAAAAGAGAAACAAAACGAGAAUGAAAAUUAUAAGAAGAUCAUGAAUCUUCUUCUUAAAUCAGGUGCAAAAUAA